UAUCAUACAACCUCUUAAAACGCAAAAGACCUUGACCUAAAUUAUUUAUUUUUAAUUCGAACAUUGAUAAUAAUUAUUAUUAAUAACGAAGUAGCAGUCUUAUAAUUGCUUUUUAGAACAAUAAUUAUAUCACGAAGAAAAUGGGAAUUAAAAUCGCAUUUUUAAUUAUCACCUUGACAAUUACAUUUCAGGCAUCAAGCGCAUAUCCUACGAAUAAAAUAGAAAUUGAACUAGAAAAUAUGCUUCGUUCACUUCCAGAUAAUUUUCUAAUAAGAUUUGCUGAAAUUAGCAAAUUUGCACAAGAACACCAAGUUGAAAUUCAAGAAAACUUUCAAAAUACAAUAAAAACUCUAUCAAAGCAAUAAAUGUAUUUAAACUUUUGUUUUAUUAUUUCUGUUAUUGUUUUAAAAUUAUUUCAUCAUCAGGCGCAUGUCCAAAGCAACUCCGCCUAUCCGAGUGUUUCCGUUCGGUUUCGGGGCGAUCGUGGGGGUGCAAACCGACCGUCGGGGCGCUCUCUCUUCCGCCGCGACGGCAUGUGAACGACGUCCGAGGUCAAAAACGUGUGGGCAACGAGAAUCGGCCGGAGAGUUUCGCGGCGUGUGCCCCCCACAACGUCCCAUAGGAGCAACGGAAACGUAAUCGCCCCCCAUUUGUACAUGCAACAUCCCGGAAAAUCAUCCGGUUACGUCGACAAAAUCCGGUCGAUUUCCAUUUUUCCACCAUCUCAAGAUGACGAUCAUACAUGCAAUAAUGGCCGUUUUGUGUAUUAUCGCAAUAAUAGCAGUCGCUCUAUUUGUACUAUGUAGAUCUUUGAAUAUGGUUGAUUAUGUUACUGCUUGGUUACAUUCAUCUAAAGAAGAAAAAGUUGUUUUAACAAGAGCUAAAGGACAUUAUAACGCUAACGGAUUUUUGAUUCAUUCAGAUUCCGAUAUCCAAUUAGGAACUAGCGGAAGUUUCAAAAGGUUUGAGCCUGUGGAUAAGGACGUGGGUGUAACAAUGGAGUUGACGACAAGCUUUAACGGCGACUGGCCUAGCUUGGAAAUGAGGGAAAACCACUUAAACUCAUUCACGGCGGCGGCUGCAGCCCCUCCAGAAGUGCGCCUUGUAGACAAUGUAACUGGACCGCUACAAGAGCAUUCGAGAUCGGAUCACUACAAAAUUUCAAAUUUUGAAACUUCAAUUUGUCCUAUACCGAGACCGAAGUCUUCGAUAAACGUUGCCGAUUUAUUACCAAGAGCUAAUUCAGAACCGCUUUCAAUUCACGCCGUCGUUCGCAAACCAAUUUCGUUUCAAUCAACGUUACUCAGCGAAAACAGUUGCGAAGAAGCCGACGAAGAAGUGAUUCCAGAAACGAUUCAAAAAGCGGUUUCUUGUGAAACAAUCUGUUCGGACACUUCCGUCGGUUUGGACGACCUGGAGGACGUUAAUAUAACCGGAAAUCUUUGCGUUGGAUUUGAAUUCGAUGCCGAAUAUUGUGAGUUAAUUGUUAAUAUCUUGGAGGCGAAAGAUUUAAAAUUACCAUCGCAUGUAUCAUCAGAGGUUGAAACUUAUGUUAAGGUUUUUUGCGAACAAGAUAACGAUGCUUGCGUUCAAACGAAGACGUAUCGAUCAGCUGGAAGUCCUUGCUACAAAGAAAGAUUUUUGUUCCCUUUAAAUCCGAGGGAACAACAACAGAAGACGUUAUCGUUUCAGGUGUUUGGGGCUGGGGAGUUGGGUCAUUACUUAAUUGGGGAAGGAGAAAUAAGGUUAUCAGAUGUUAGCUUGCGACAGCCAAUCACUACAUGGAUUACUUUAACUGAUACUGGACAAAUUGAGACUCAUUUUGGAGAAUUAAUGUUCUCACUUAGUUAUUUACCAACAGCUGAAAGACUAACCGUAGUUGUAGUAAAAGCGAGAAAAUUAAAGUUUCAAAAUGAAGUCGGCGAUUCGUUUGUAAAAGUUUAUUUGUUACAACAUGGUAAAAAAAUUCAUAAGAAAAAAACUUCGAUAAAAAAGACCGAAAUGUCACCGAUAUUUAACGAGGCGAUGAUGUUUAGUGUUCCUUUACAUAGUUUACAGGGUAUCCAAUUGCGAUUAACGGUAUCGGAGACUUUAAAAGCGGAAUCAGGUACAAAAACGUUAUCGAUAGGUCAUGUAAUAGUGGGUGCUCAAGCAACUGGAAGGUCGUUAAGUCAUUGGAAUCAGAUGUUGAUUGCUUUAAGAAAACCAAUAGCGAUGUGGCAUCCGCUUAGAAAGUAAAUAAGCUUGCCAAAAAUUUCUUAAAAAAAAAUACAAGAACACGUUAUGUGUUGUGAUAUUAACCUAUAAAAACGUUCUCUCGCUGGCCUAUCGUCUUUCCUCGUAUUCUAAUUUAAAAAAAUAAACGUUAAAACCUCCCGGUGCAAAAAUAAAUAAAUAACAUAAUUGACUGAAAUAAAAAAAUAAACUUUAUUUGUUAGGAUUGACUCGUAGAAGAACACACAACUUCUUUUCGUACUUCCGCUUCCGUAUAUGUGAUAAAUGGCCUUCAUCCUGAGAUCGUUGUUAACUUCGUCAAGUACGUACUUUGUUAUGAAUGUUAAUCGUCGUAUGCGUAUUUUUUCAAUGUAAACGAUUUUUGAAAGCAAAAAGGAAAAUUAGAUAGAACAUAAAGAAAAAUAAAUAAAAAUAAAGUAAAGGGUG